AAAUAUGUUAAAGUUAAUAUUUUCAUAAAGUUGAACAAGAAAUUAAUGAAUUUCUUAUGAUUUCUGGCAUUUUACGAGUUGGGAUAUUUGACCAGAUUAGAAAACUCUGUAUUUAACAAGUAUUAGUUUCUACCACAAAUAAAGUAAAAUUAUUUAAAACAUUUUAAAAAUAAAUCUCUAAACAGUAAAGAUACGAUAUUUCCUAAAUUUAUUUCACUUAAAAUAUGUUCCUCUCUCGUUUAAUAACUCUCUCCACAGGGAGCGAGAGGUUUGUUGGCCUUUCACUUUCACACUUUCCCACUUUCAUUAACAGAUAUUAGAUGAGAGUUAUACGGGGAGUAAUUAAGUCAGCCUAAUCCAAUUAAAAAGUUCUACACAAAUGAGAUGAAUUUAAUUAUGGUUUUCAGAGAUGCUCCAACAAAUCAGAGUAAAGCAGACGAUGGGGUCUAAAAACCAACAUUAUUCGUAGGAUACACAAAGAAUGAGAAAAAUGCCCAGUUUCCUGUCUGUGAUCCAAAGUAAAAUCCCAAGACACUUUUCGCAGGUGCUGGCAACGUUGGCCGUAAGUUUGGGGCCUUUUGCAGCUGGAUUGGGAAAAGGCUACUCCAGUCCAGCCCUCGCAUCAUUACAAGAAUCCAAAAGUAGCACGUUCCACGUCAGUGCUCAAGAAGGAUCAUGGGUGGCGAGUUUAAGUUUAUUGGGCGCCUUGUUUGGCUGUUUAUUUGGUGGUUUAAUGUUACAAAUAGGGCGAAAAAGGUCCUUGUUGAUAAUUGCGCUCCCAUUUUCCGGUUCAUGGCUCCUCACAGUUUUUGCUCAAAGAGUAGAAAUGAUGUAUUCGACAUCGUUCAUCGGUGGCUUCUUCUCUGCCGUGACGCUCCUUGCAACACAAGUUUACGUGAGUGAGAUUGCACACCCAGAAAUCCGUGGAUGUUUGAGUGCAGUGCUGAAAAUGGCUGGUGAAAUUGGAACUUUAAGCAGUUUUACACUGGGCGCAUUUCUCGACUGGAGACAAUUAGCCACCGUCGCUGCGAUGGCACCGAUUCUAUUUUUCUUUGCUAUUUUACUCAUACCGGAAACGCCCAGUUUUUUACUCUACCACGGACGCGAAGAAGAAGCUACGAGAUCGUUGGCCUGGUUGAGAUCCACGGAUCAAGAUGUCAGCGAAGAAAUUGCCACUUUAAGGAGUAAUAUCUUAACAAAGUAUAAAAGCUUCUUUCCACGAUGCGGAAAUGGGCAGUUCCCGUUCAGAUCGCUAUUCAUCUGCUGUGGGCUCAUGUUCUUUCAAAAGUUCUCCGGAGUCACGGUUUUCCAUCAUUACGCAGUGCCGAUCUUUAAGCAGGUAUUCGGGCGCUCCCUUCACCCCCACGGGGCCGCAAUUGUUGUAGUGCUGCUUCGAUUAUUGGGGUCGAUGACAUCCGGAUUACUAAUUGAUACCGCGGGCCGAUUGCCAUUAUUAAUUUUAUCGAAUUUAUUUAUUUCUGGAUCAUUUUUUGGGUUUGGUUUAUACAAUUGGAUGGAAGAAUCCUUGCCACCAAAUUAUCCAGGUUUUGGACCCUCACUGGACUGGAUUCCUCUAACAUGCGUUUUAUUCUUUACGCUGUUUUUCUCCAUUGGAAUUGGACCCAUUUCUUGGCUCAUGGUAGGGGAGUUGUUCCCUUUGGAGUACAGAGGAUUUGGAGGAGCAGUGUCCACCUCGUUUAGUUACGCGUGUGCAUUUGCUGCAGUAAAAACCUAUGUGGACAUAAAAGCCAGCGUUGGUUUAUAUGGUGCAUUUUGGAUUUAUUCUGCCAUUUCUGUAGCUGGUUUAUUUUUCGUUUGUUGCCUUGUACCGGAAACUAAAGGGGUGGAAUUAGAAGAAAUGGAACAUCAUCAAACACCUGCACCCGCGCCGGUGGUGGUUCCCACGUCGGCAGUGGUAUCAGCAGUCGUAUCAAAGAAACAUGUAAAAAAUAUCAUGAAAAAGAGUGAAAUAUCAAAUUACCAAAGAUAUCGUAGAAAUUAUGAUGAAAUUCCAAUGUCAUCAUAUCAAUCGAAUCAUCAAAUUGGAUUUCAAUGUAAUAAAUUUUAUGAUGAUAAUUUUUGUAUGGAAAACGACGAUGAUUUCGAAUUGGAAGCCGUUGUUCGAGAUCCAUUAGAAUUUUAUCAAGAGAAAAAACAGUCGUAUUAUUACGGGAGAGAUAAAUGGGUUACGAAAUUUAACUUUAAUUGUGAUCAGAUUUCGAUGGUUUGAUUGCGGAGGAUUUUUUAUUUGUGUGUUAAAAGUUAAUGAUAAUAAUAAUGAUAAUAAAAAGUCCGUUUAAUUAGGUUAAUAAGAUUACGGGCGCUUCCAUGAAACAAAGAAAUAAGACAUUCAACAAAGACAAUAUAUCAAGAAAAAAAUGUUUGCUUCACGAAAUUAGUGAAGGAGAAAUGUGUGGGGAAAUUGACAAUAAGAAAUUUUUGAAAAA